GAGCCACAUUCCACAGAACAAAGAUCACUUCCCAGAAAUGAAAGUGAAAGUUUUUCCCAGUGUGAGCAGAGCUGCAGACGUGUCUGUGGAAGCGUCCAACAAACCUUAAACCCACUUCAUCGGAUCUGUUUCCAGUCUCAGCAGAGUCUCUACAAACAGCGAUAUGGCUGCUGCCGGUCGGGUCCGAUCUGAAGAUCAGUUCCUGUGUUCCAUCUGUCUGGAUGUCUUCACUGAUCCAGUCAGCACACCAUGUGGACACAACUUCUGCAAAUCCUGCAUCUUUGAACACUGGGAUAAUAAUAAAAUCUACCAGUGUCCCAUGUGUCAAAAAGCUUUUGACCCGCGACCUGAGUUGUACGUCAACACUUUCAUCUCAGAGAUAGUGGCUCAGUUCAGACUUGAACUUCAACAUGAACCAAAAAUCUACAGCUCAGACCAAAAAACUGCCAAACCAGGAGAAGUUCCCUGUGAUGUCUGUGCUGAACCCAAACUGAAGGCCCUGAAGUCCUGCCUGGUGUGUCUGACCUCCUACUGUCAGACUCAUCUGGAACCUCAUCUGACAUCUUCAGGACUGAAAAGACAUCAGCUGAUCCAACCUGUGGAGAACCUAGAAGACAGAAUGUGUAGGAAACACGACAAACCUCUGGAGCUGUUCUGUAAAACCGACCACACAUGUAUCUGUCUGCUCUGUCCUGUUUUAGACCACAAGAACCAUGAGUUUGUUCAUCUGAAAGAUGAAUAUGAAGAACAGAAGGCAGAGCUGAAGAAGACAGAGGCUGAAAUUCAGCAGAUUAUCCAGGAGAGACGACUGAAGAUCCAGGAGAUCCAACGGUCAGUGGAGGUCAGUAAGAACACUGCAGACAGAAAGACAGCAGAAGGUGUCGAGGUCUUCACAGCUCUGAUGGAGUCUGUUCAGAGAAGUCUGGACCAGUUCUUAGAAAAGAUCCAAGAAAAACAGAAGAGCACCGAGAAACAGGCUGAAGACUUCAUCAAAGAGCUGGAACAGGAAAUCUGUGAGCUGGAGAAGAGAAGCACUGAGGUGAAGCAGCUCUUAGGCUCUGAAGACCACCUCCACUUUGUGCAGAGGUUCACAUGUGUCAAAGCUGCUCCAUCCAUGAAGACCUGGACAAAGGUGAGUGUCCAUCCACCAUCAUAUGAGGGGACUGUGGUGAGAGCUGUGUCUGAGCUGGAGGACAAACUGACAGAAGACAUGAAGAAGGUGGUUAAAGCUGAGCUGAAGAGAGUCCGACAGUAUGAGGUGGAUCUGACUCUGGAUCCAGAUACAGCACAUCCUGAUCUCAUCCUGUCUGAUGAUGGAAAACAGGUUCAUGAUAGUGAUAAAAAGAACAACCUUCCAGACAAACCACAGAGGUUUUCUAAAUGUGUUUCCAUCUUAGCGAAGCAGAGUUUUUCUUCAGGCAGGUUUUACUUUGAGGUUCAGGUCAAAGGAAAGACUGAAUGGAGUUUAGGAGUGGUCAGAGAGUCCAUCAACAGGAAAGGAGAUAUCAUCUGCAGUCCUCAGGACGGGUACUGGAUCAUCACGUUGAGAAAUGGAAAUGAGUACAAAGCUCUUGCUGAUCCUUCUGUCCGUCUGUCUGUGAAGUCUGGGCCUCAGAAGGUGGGGGUGUUUGUGGAUUAUGAGGAGGGUCUAGUCUCCUUUUAUGAUGUAGGUUCUUCAGUUCUCAUCUACUCCUUCACUGGCUGCUGCUUCAAUGAUAAACUCCUCCCAUACUUCAGUCCAGGUCUGAAUGAUGGAGGUGAAAACUCUGUUCCUCUGAUCAUCACUCCUGUCGACACUGAGUAAGAAAUUCAUCAAAUGUACAGAUUUUCUCUGAUUUACUGGAGUCACUAAACUUAGUGAUGAUGUCAGCUGUUUGAACAUGUCUGAAUCUGGAUCCAAAUGCACUUAAAUAUGAACAUUUGUGGUGAUAAUAAUCCUGGUUUGACACAUUCUGAUGUCUGUGAUUUAAUUCAAUGAUAAUGAUGGUGUUUUAAUGUUAAUGUGAAUUCAAAUGUUGGGAUUGUGAAUGUGUUUCCAUGAGGUGAUUGAUUUUAUACAUUUAAAUGAUGGAAGUGUUCAGGAGAAUUCAAUAUUUAAUAAUAACAGUAAAGAUUAUGUUCAUCAGCUUUAAUAAAUACAGUCAUAUACUGUCUUCAUUUGAAAUAAGAAAAAACAUUAAAUAUUAAAUGUUUGCUGAGUUGUUUUCUAUUUGUUCACAGACAAACGUAAUUAUUGUAAACACUGUAAUUAUUUUCACAAGGAGGCUAUACGGUAAUAUUUAAGACCAAAUAUAUUGAAAUGGUUCAUCAGUUCUUCAAAUAUUUUCUGAUUAAAUUGACUGCUCAAAUAUCUGAACUAUGGAUUUACAUGUAAAUGAUGAUGAAAUAGAUGAAAAUAUUCACAUUGUUUCCUCUGUCUGUGAAAUGUCAAA